AUGGCGGACGAUCACUAUUUCUCGGGCAAGGACAUCAAAGAGGCCAUGCCCGUAGACAAUAUAGCCGCACACAAGAAUGAUGGAAACGUAGAUACACUGGGACCCGAAGAGGAGAAGAUACUCGUCCGAAAGAUCGAUCGGCAUUUGAUGCCACUCCUCAUUAUCAGCUACGGUCUACAGUAUCUAGACAUGGCCGGGAAUUACGCCGGCCUGAUGGCCCUGAGGACCUUACUGGGCGUCUUCGAAAGCGCUAUCAGUCCUGGAUUCUCCCUGAUUACGGGGAUGUGGUACACACCGCGGGAACAUAUGUCGCGGCAUUCGUUCUGGUUCGCGGGCAACGCCCUCGCCAGCAUCGUCGGCUCGAUGAUUGCAUAUGGCAUCUUGCAUUCGACGGGCGGGUUGGCCCAAUGGAAGAUGCUAUUCCUGAUCUUUGGUCUCAUCACCAUCGCCUGGUCGGCUGUACUCUGGUUUUAUUUGCCUGAUUCACCGUCCAACGCGCGCUUCCUGACCCCCACGGAGAGAGAAUUCGCCUCCCUGCGACCGAAGAAAUUCCAGCGCACGACACAAACCAAAAAGUGGGAUCGGUCUCAAUUCGUCGAAGCCUGGCUAGAUCCGAAGACGUGGUGGUUUUUGCUGUUUUCGUUCAUAAUCUGUGUGCCCAACGGCGGUACCACCAGCUUCAACUCGAUCAUCAUCAACAGCUUCGGCUACGACAAAUUCCAAACCAUCCUGAUGGGUCUACCGGCAUCAGCUUUCCAACUGACAACGGUUGUUCUGGCCGCCUUUUUUACCACCUUAUUUCGCAAAUCACGAUUACUGAUGGUGAUCGCCAUCUUCCUCAUAGCGAUUGCUGGAGUCCUCAUGAUCAAGCUGGUGCCAGAAGAGAAGAAACUGUCGCGUCUAGCGGGCUAUUGGCUGGUAACGGGGAUUGCGCCGGCUUUUCCACUGAUGAUGUCGCUGUUCGCCAGCAACGUGGCCGGAUUCACAAAGAAGUCAACGGUGGUGGCGCUGAUCUUCGUGGGCUAUUGCGUUGGGAACUUUGUGGGUCCUCAAUUCUUUGAAAGUAAAGAAGCACCGACUUAUCAGACCGCGUACACUACUAUCCUGAGUACGUUUGCCAUCACUAUUGGCAUGGCGGCCGUGCUACGAGUGUACCUGGCUUGGACAAACGGACGACGCGACCGGGACCAGGGCAUUCAUCUUGACCCGGAGGACAGUAGGGCAAUUGAUCUUCAUGUGGACGAGCAAUUGCAGGAAGUUGAUGAGACAGAUAUUCAGAACAAAAGCUUCCGUUACAUUCUGUAG